AUGACGAAUGCUCGACGCAGCCUCCAGUCAGAUCCUUUCAUCCAGCAAGAUCCAAAUGCUCACCGCUACAGCAAGAGACUCUUGAGGGAGCAAUGGAAAGAAAUCAAGCCUAGGGUGUUGGAGCACUUGAACCAGGGCUCCAUCUCUGUCGAUAUCCUCCGAGAACUCCAGUCACACAAUACUCUCAUCACACAAAGCCAACUGAGAGGGCAAAUCAAGAAAGGGGGGUUCCAGAAAGGGGGGCAAGAGUCUCCUCCGCCGGCGGUACAUGUCUCUUGGGAUCCCGCCUCAUCAAAGCAAACUACAUUUCACGAGAAAGCACCCAACAAUAGUACACAACUACUAUCGGUCAAUGACAUACCCAGGUUCUUGACCAUGAACUCGGCCAUCUCAAGCACCGAUUCGAAUCUGGAAUCAGAACUGCAGGGCGCAAAGCCAGCCUCCUCCUUUGAACCCACUACACAGACACAAAUAUCGAAUUCGCAAUACACAGCCGACGUGUGCAAACCCUAUAUGACCGUGGGUGAAGAUCUCCCCUUUCCAUCUUCGUUGGUCCCAUCGGAAUGCUCGAAGACGAAUGACCUGCAUGAUCAUGAUGACCAGUCACCCUUUGCCAACGCGAGCAUAACCCACCGGAUAUGUUCUUCUUCAGUAGCCAAACAUGGUGUUUCUAUCAAGACUCUCAGACGCCUCGGAUAUGUGGCUACGUUACUUUUCGCCCUAAAUUGCUAUGGCGAGGCCUUUCACAUCUCUCUCUAUAUUAUCGAUCAACUCAACGGUAACACUUCGCUGCAAAGACAACCACGUCAACUUCUACCCUUCUCUGUCAUAACCUGGCCCGUUACGCUCGCACAUGGCAAGACAAGGAGGCUGACAUUCACUUGCUUGGAAACCUAUGCUCAGCUGUCGAUUUGGCAUCCGAGCGGACAGGAGGCGAACCAACAAUCUGCUUCAUAUAUGCAGAUCCUUCGCGUUUCCCUUGCACCUGUUGCAUGCGAGCCAGAUAAGGCAACCGCCUAUUGGAUUCUGAACAUUGUGCUGUCAAGUCCCCAGGCAGAUGAUGAGCACAACUUCCAGCCAGAUCCGUUACUGUGUAUGACGCUUGAUGAUGCCCUUCGCUUCUUCCACAAGAACCGAGAUAUCAGAAAUCCCAUGGGUGGAGCAAUUGAUCAGAUAAAGGAGAUUCUGAGUGUUAACAAUGGAGAGAUCGAUGGAGUUUGGAGCAAAUACUGGCAACGUGGACAAGAUAAGUUCUUCGUGGGUCAAACGUUGGCGUGCUUGCUCUUGAAACACCGUCGAGGCCAUGGUCUGUCCCUCGGCAAAGCACAGAAGACUUACGACACGAGAUAUCAUUCUCUCAACUCCGAGAACAAGUCUUGGUUACCUUGUGUGUUCUGCUCGGGAAGCUGUAUUGGAGCUACUGGAGUAGCCUCACGAGUGUGGCUGACCAGGUUGAAACUCUCGGAAAUCCUCUACCUGGCCGCCUUGUCGAUUGAGCGAGCCAUAAAGAACGGCGCAGUCACUGAAGGGGACGGCUUUGAAAUUCCACAAUUCUCCCGCGACUACAAAGGCUAUAUCGACAUCUAUCUUCGGGGACUGGAUUCCUGCCCGUGGCCAUCACGAACGGCCAGUUGCGACGAACGUCUCAUUGGUAUACCUGCUCUUCAGGCCAAAGUAUCGACUGAAUCAGACCUUAAGGCCUUGGGCAUACUGCUUCUGGCCCCGAAUCCCCGUUGCCGAUCAGAAGUCCUUCUCGACCACGUCAAAUGUCCUACAGCGAAGGCAAGUCGACGAGGUGAUCACUAUAUGGAAUUUUCUACCACAGACCUUGUAUUAGGACCGCCUCUUGCAAGAUCCUAUGCCUCUUCGCUAAGCUCCGGCGACAAAUCUUUCAAGGCUCUAGCUAUCGAGCGCGGAGCCCUUGAGCCAAGAAAACCUGGAUCGAUAUCUUUGGUCCCAGCUGCAAAUUGGUCCGAUGGUCUAUCCUCGAUACAUGAGAGCCUAGAGCACACUCUUCCCUAUGUCGGGAUGCAUAAUUCUUUUGACCGUGUUAUAGAGGGAUUACUGGAUUAUUAG